GGCCCUGCCUGCGUAAUGAAGGUUGUUAUUUCGUACGUAACCAAUCCGGUGAAAAACCGCCGGUUAGUUUCGACUUGCAUUUAGUGUUCUUACGAGUGCUGUGCAUUUUCGGCGCAACGUUCUGGACAUUUUAUUUAGGGGGCGCCGGAGCGUCCGGUGUGACAUCCUCAUCGCAAAUGAGCGUGUGAAUUGAUGCUCUGCGUGCGGAAGCGUUCAAGCCCAGUGCUACAUCGGUUACUGUUUUUGUGCAAACGUCAUAUUGUACCGGUGCCAUUCGCGAAUUUUGAUCGUUUGUGUGCGGCUAGAACUAACCCAGGGGCAUUAUUGCUCAGCAGGAAGUAAGCAAGGACAGCUGUCGGCUUUAAUUAGUUGGUGAAUCGGCUGGCGUUCUAAACGCUACGUCGGCGGACUUCGAUUAAGCAGCCCAGUUUCAGCUGUUCAGGAUGGAGGAUCGCAGCUCUUACGAAGCUUACGGCGCGUGUGGUGGAUGGGACGGGGACCACCGUGGACACAGUUUGCACAACGGUGGCGUCGAGUUUGCAGGAACCUACUACUAUGACGUGAACAGUAGCCAGCCCGUUGAUUCACCGCCUUGGGGCCGGGACUCCGAGAGACCUCGUGAGCGCCACGCCGUCCACCGAAACACCUCUCGCACCGAGCAACGCUCAAAACAGAAAUCCGAGCCCUGUACUGCGGCCGAGGCGCCGAGGCGAAGUACUCAAGAUCGCAGUCGUCGUAAAGGAGAACCAUUCAGGUUCGAUCGGAGGCCGCGAAACAGAGCCCGUGUCGCUCCCAACGACCGCGUAACUGAUGAGCGAGGAUGGGAGGAUGUUCCACCUCAAGAGCAAGCGCACUGCGAAGCCUCUGACGGAGUUGGGACUCAGGAGAACGCUGCCGAUAAUGCAUCCGCUCAGUGUCCUCAAUCUACGCGCGGGAAACGUGGCAAGAAGGGCCCUAGUGCGAAUACUGUUGCCUCUCCCGGGUCGUCAUCCCGUGACGAAGUGCAGGGACAGGGACACGCUAAGCGCAGUGUUGGUGCCAAAAAGGACACACAGCGGAAGAGAACACAAAGACAUCGUGAACCAAAUGAACCGGGUCGAUCAUCUGCAGGCCCGGGUGAAUCACAGUUGGAAUAUGCAUCGCUUGGAACUGACCAAGUGCAGGAGCAAGUCAGAGACAGCAAGGAAAGAAAAUCCUUCCAGCAGCAAGAUAGCAAUGGUGGGCCUUGCAGGCAGUUAGCCGAUGACAGAAGGGGGUCACCUCGUGUGAGGAGUCGAAACUCGAAGGCCAGUCAUCAAGCUGGAUGGAGCCAGGAUUUUGGCUCAAACACUCAUUGGCAACAAAGGUACCGAGACUACGGAGAGGGAGCGGCACUUCCACAGAAGGGUCGUUACCAGCAAAGGCAAAAUGAUUGGAGAGACAACAGGAACAGACCAAACAGUCGUCACAGUGAACAUUCACGAACAGAACAGAAUUUCAAUGAUGAUGUUAAUGAGGCCCAGCAAAGUAUUCAGAGUAGUGAGAGGAGUGGCAAGGUUAAAAACCAUACUCGCAAUCAUAGGCACAAUUUUUCUAGGUCUGAUUUUCAAGAAGCAAACCUGAGGCACCAGCCGAGCUCAUCGAGGCAGCAAUAUUUUGUGAGCUUAGCGCGUACAAAUCAAAAACAAGGCUCCUCAUCUCGAAGCUACCCCCAAAUGCCAAGACCCGAAGAUGCACCGCAGAAAGAUCGGCUGACAGAUCAGCUGCUUUCUGGCGAGUAUGAAUGCAUGGUGUGCUGUGAACGAGUUCGGGGUACCGACGCUAUCUGGAGUUGCUCAAGCUGCUACCACAUCUUUCAUCUGUCCUGCGCCCGCAAGUGGGCACUUUCACCUGCUGCUCUUGUGAAAGAAGGUGGGUGGCGAUGUCCUGGCUGCCAAGGCACUGUGCUGGCGGUGCCCGACCGCUACAUCUGCUUCUGCGGGAAGCGAGCGAACCCGGAGUGGAACCGGUACGGGGUGCCGCACAGCUGUGGCGAGAUGUGUGGCCGGUCAAGGGGUGCGUCUUCCAUGUGCAUGCACCGCUGCAAUCUUCAAUGCCAUCCAGGGCAGUGCCCACCCUGCAGUGCCACUGUGAGAAGGCCGUGCCCGUGUGGAAAGCUCACCAGGCAUGUGCGAUGCAGCCAGGAGCAGGAAGUUAGCUGUGGCGAGCCGUGUGGCCGUCUGCUUAACUGUGAGAUCCACACUUGCCAAGCGCAAUGCCAUGCAGGUGCCUGCGAUCCCUGUGCCCGCAUAGUGCAACAGAAGUGCUUCUGUGGCAAACAGAAGAGGGAAGCGCUCUGCACACGGGAGUCCAACGCAUCCAGUGAGUUUUCGUGCGGUGAUCCCUGUGGCCGGUCCCUGCAUUGUGGACUCCACACCUGCGAGGAGGAAUGCCACUUUGGCGAGUGCGCCCCCUGCCCACUCCUGCCGGACUCCGUAACACACUGCCCAUGCGGCAAGAGCCCACUGGCGAGCAUAGAGGGAGCCAAACCCAGGCUCUCGUGCUCGGAUCCUGUGCCUACGUGCGGAGAUACGUGUGGGAAGCUACUCCAAUGUGGACCAAAAGGCAAUUGGCACCGAUGUUCCGCCCAGUGCCACGAGGGACCUUGCCCACCAUGCACCCGAUCAAGUGCUGUGCGAUGCCGGUGUGGCGCAACUUCGCGUGAGCUUCCUUGUGCCGAGCUUGGGUCUCUAGAGCGGCAGGGUCCCGAACUGUGUCAACGGCGAUGUCAGAAGCGGCGCCAGUGUGGCCGCCACAAGUGCCUCGCCCUGUGCUGUGUGGACAUCGAACACCGCUGCCCACUUGUGUGUGGCAAGCGUCUUUCGUGUGGGCAGCAUGUCUGUGAAGAGCCCUGCCACAGGGGAAAUUGCCCUUCCUGCUGGAAUGUCAGCUUUGAGGACCUUAUCUGCCACUGUGGCAGUGCCUCGCUGAGUCCACCCAUAGCAUGCGGAACACGGCCUCCCGAGUGUGGCCAGCCAUGUGCCAGAGAACACCCUUGCGGACACCCUGUCACCCACACGUGCCAUAGUGACCCAGCCUGUCCUCCCUGUGCCACACUCACUGAAAAAUGGUGUUUCGGCCACCAUGAGAAACGCCGGGCUGUGCCCUGUUUUCUGGAAGGCCUUUCGUGUGGGCGGCCGUGUCAACGUGACUUGCCCUGUGGCCAGCACCAGUGCCAACAGACUUGCCAUGAGGGCGAGUGCCGUCCUCAGGGUUCUGCACAGGCAUGCACCCAGCCUUGCGUGACACCACGGCCAUCAUGUGGCCACCCUUGUGGGGAGCCCUGCCACCCAGACACCCCGUGCCCGGUGGCUUCUACGUGCAAAACAUUGGUGAGCAUCUCGUGUGAAUGUGGUCGACGAUCGGAGAAACUUCCCUGCGGCAGCUCGGAGGCUCAGCAGCCAAGCUUUCACCAGCUCUCGGCAUCUCUGCUAGCCUCCAAGAUCAAGGACAUCCAGCUUGGAGAGAGCGUCGACAUCUCUCGCAUGGUCAACCUAGCUCGAAGCAGGCCUUCCAGGCUGGAGUGUGACGAAGAAUGUGCCGUGUUGGAGCGAAAUCGACGACUGGCGAAUGCCCUGCACAUACAGAAUGCAGAUGUGUCGAAUCGAGUGGGUCCUCCAUGUUACUCGGAGUUCCUGAAAGACGAAGCCCGCAAGAACCCGUCUUUUAUGCUUUCGGUGCACCAAACACUGACACAGCUGGUGCAAACGGCACGACAGUCGAAGCAGAAGUUCCGCAGCCAUUGCUUCCCGUCUAUGAACCGAGAGCAGCGCAGAGCAGUGCACGAGCUUGCAGAGUUCUUUGGCUGCGACACCCAAAGCUACGACCAGGAACCUUUCCGUAAUGUUGUCGUAACAGCCUACAAGGAUCGUUGCCGCAUUCCAAGUGGCAGCGUAGUAGCAGUCGUUCAAAGAGAGGCAGCACCCACUCCACAAAGGAAAGGGCCCGCACCAUUGCCACAAAGCCGCAAGCGCAUCGACACAGUUGCUAGCUCAAGCAUGCCGUUGCCAUUGAAUUCCAGCCAAGGCCAUUCUACAUCUAUUGCGCAACCGGAAGCAGCGCAAACUACAACUACAUUCGACUACUUCAAUUUCAACUCCUGAUCUUAACUACAGCUCCUGAUGCGUACAGAAGAGAACACAACGUGGCUGCACAAGCUUACAACGAAAAAAAGAUGCCGAUGCCGACUGUGAUGCAGGGCAGCUUCAGCUGCAUAUCUUCAUGUUCAUUGCUGAGUUCAUAUUUUGUUUUGCAACAUCAUUUUUCAUAUUGUGAACAGUGUUCUUUGGAUGAAGCUUAUUUAUGUUGGGGAAACUUGUAAUAAACUGUUUUUGUUA